CCCCCCUCUGCCUCUCUCACUCUCUCACACACAGCCAAAGGCAGAAUCUCUUCUUCUGUGUAGAGUUCCAGGGCUCAGAAGGAGGAAAGCUUAUUUGCAAGAACUUCUUAUUUCUGCUGCGCAUAAGUACUUUUGUUGGUGGGCCAUCUGGACUGGCAGGAUUUCCUUAGAAUUCAAAAUAUGUUGUCUGAUUUGGAGAGCUGGAGAUUGCUGUGAAGCACUGGGAAGGUAGAAGGAAACAUAGACAGAACUGGCUUGCGGCUCUCCUACAUAGGUGGCAAGAAUGGAAGAAGCCUUGCCUUGCCUUGCCUCGGUGUGCAAUUCCUCAGCACUUAUGAACUUCUGUGCCGAUGAUAGUAUUUCUGCAGCAAGUACAUCUGAUGUCCAAGACCGCCUUUCGGCUCUUGAACUGCGAGUGCAGCAACAAGAAGAUGAAAUCACCGUGCUGAAAGCAGCUUUGGCUGAUGUAUUGAGGCGACUUGCCAUCUCGGAGGAUCAUGUUGCGUCUGUGAGAAAAUCGGCACCAAGUAAAGGUCAGCCAAGCCUCCGGGAAGCGAUCUCCAUGUCCUGCAUCACCAAUGGAAGUGCAGGAAGCCGAAAAACCAGCCACAGUCCUUCUGUGCCUAUAGCGAGGAAAGAAACCUUCUCGUCUGCUGCUAAAAGCGGUACGGAAAAAAAGAAGGAAAAACUCCAAGGACAGACAGAGAAAAAAGAGGACUCUCAUUCUAAUGAUCAAAACCCACAAACGCAAGCAUCACCUUCACCAUCUCCCCAGCCCUCUGCACAGACCCACCCAACACACAGGCAGACCCCAGAAGUCAAGAGCUCUGCUCCAGGCAAAAGUGUGAAAAGAGCAUCAACAAUUGAGAAGUCACACAGUGCCUGGGAAAGUUCAGAAGACAGCCGUAAUAAACUAAUGAGGGCAACGUCCGCAUCAAAAUUGAUAUCCAAAGGUGGAAAGAAUUCAGACAAACACAAAGAUGUCAUUAUCAGCCAAGCAAAAAUGUCAACCCGAGAAAAAAACAGCCAAGAAGGCGAGUACAUCAAGAUGUUCAUGAGAGGACGGCCCAUCACAAUGUUUGUUCCUUCAGGUGUAGAAAAAUAUUGGGAAAUCAAGACAGAGCUGCCUCCUGAAAAAUUAAAACUGGAGUGGGUAUAUGGUUAUCGUGGAAGGGAUUGCCGAGCCAAUGUUUACCUCCUUCCUACUGGAGAAAUAGUAUAUUUCAUUGCAUCCGUGGUCGUGUUGUUUAACUAUGAAGAACGGACUCAGCGCCACUAUUUGGGACAUACAGAUUGUGUUAAAUGCCUUGCUGUUCAUCCAGACAAAAUCAGGAUUGCAACUGGACAGCUAGCUGGGGUGGAUAAAGAUGGAAGACCUUUGCAGCCCCAUGUUAGAGUAUGGGAUUCAGUGAGCCUGAUGACUCUCCAAGUUAUUGGCCUUGGAACAUUCGAGCGUGGAGUGGGAUGUCUGGAUUUUUCAAAAGCAGAUUCAGGUACACAUUUGUGUGUGAUUGAUGACUCUAAUGAGCAUAUGCUGACCGUCUGGGACUGGCAGAAGAAAUCUAAAGUAGCAGAGAUAAAGACUACAAAUGAAGUCGUUCUUGCAGUAGCAUUCCAUCCGACUGAUAAAGACACAAUAAUAACCUCUGGAAAAUCUCAUAUCUUUUUCUGGACUUGGAACGGCAAUGCAUUAACACGAAAACAAGGAAUAUUUGGGAAAUAUGAAAAACCCAAAUUUGUUCAGUGCUUAGCAUUUUUAGGAAAUGGAGAAGUUCUCACUGGUGACUCAGGUGGGAUACUGCUUAUAUGGAGUAAAACUACUGUAGAAGGCACAGCAGGAAAAGGAUCAAAAGGUGUGUAUCAGAUAAGCAAGCAAAUCAAAGCUCACGAUGGCAGUGUGUUCACACUCUGUCAAAUGAGGAAUGGGAUGCUGCUAACUGGAGGUGGGAAGGACAGGAAAAUCAUUUUAUGGGAUCAUGACUUGACUCCUGAAAGGGAAAUAGAGGUUCCGGAUCAGUUUGGAACAAUCAGAGCUGUGGCAGAAGGCAAAGCUGAUCAAUUCAUAUUGGGCACUUCCCGGAACUUUAUUUUGCGAGGAACAUUUAAUGAUGGUUUCCAGGUGGAAGUACAGGGCCACACAGAUGAACUCUGGGGUUUAGGAACACAUCCCUUCAAAGAUCUGUUCUUAACAUGUGCUCAGGAUCGCCAAGUCUGUAUGUGGAAUUCGGUGGACCAUACACUUGAGUGGACCAGGUUGUUAGAUGAACCAGGACAUUGUGCUGACUUCCAUCCAAGUGGAACAGUGGUAGCAAUCGGCACACACUCAGGAAGGUGGUUUGUUCUGGAUGCUGAAACAAGAGAUUUGGUUUCAAUCCAUACGGAUGGUAACGAGCAGCUUUCGGUGAUGCGCUACACAGUAGAUGGCACAUUACUUGCUGUGGGAUCCCAUGACAACUUCAUUUACCUCUACACAGUAACAGAAAAUGGAAGGAAGUACAGCAGAUACGGAAAGUGCACUGGACAUUCCAGCUAUAUUACGCACCUUGAUUGGUCUCCGGAUAACAAGUACAUAAUGUCAAACUCGGGAGACUACGAAAUAUUAUACUGGGACAUUCCAGCCGGUUGUAAACUAAUGAGGAACCGUUCGGAGUGUAAGGACAUAGAUUGGAUAACAUACACGUGUGUGCUGGGAUUUCAAGUAUUUGGAGUGUGGCCUGAAGGAUCAGAUGGAACAGAUAUAAAUGCUCUUAUCAGGUCUCACAACAGGAAAGUGAUAGCAGUUGCUGAUGACUUUUGUAAAGUCCAUCUAUUUCAGUAUCCCUGCUCCAAAGCAAAGGCCCCGAGUCAUAAAUACAGUGCCCAUAGCAGCCAUGUGACAAACGUCAGCUUCACUUAUAACGACAGUCACUUGAUUUCAACUGGAGGCAAAGAUAUGAGUAUCAUUCAGUGGAGACUUGUUGAGAAAGUAGCUUUGCCACAGAAUGACAUUGCAGUAGAAAUGGGUACACCCAAAAUCUCCAUGGCUGCCAAUGAAAGCUUAGUACACCCAAGCACCCCUGUUCCUCUUAGCCAGCCAUUUGAUGAAAUAGCCACCAUUGAAAGUGUAACUGAUGGUUCACCAACAUCUUUGGAAAAUAAUCUGGAGCAAACAGUGGAAGCCAAUGAGGAGCAGAAUGAAGAGCAAAGCGAGGGGAGCAGUCUGGAUCCAGGUGAGCCAAACUGUGAUGAGACAUCCAAUGAAACUGGCGAAGAGCAGAGUGAAUCCACUAUUAUGGAUGACCAGUCAGAAAACUCUCCAGUGUCUUAACAGCUCGGGACAGUCUUUAUACUUUUUUCCCUCAAUGUGCAUACGUUGAUAAAGGGGAAUUGGGUUCAAGUAGGGGAAGGGAAGCAGCUCCGAAUCAGGAGUCACUCCAGUUGCUGGGUUUCCACUGAAGGCUUUUAAUCUGAUCGUCUGUUUUCAAUGCAUUGAACAAUUGUAGGGACCCACCUUGACAAUUCCAGUCAAGAGCUGGUGAGGAUAGUAAGUAAAAUGUAAUCCUAGAUAAAAUGUAAGUCUGAAAAUGCUGUCAGAAAGAAGUGUGAUACAAAUGUCUGAGGAAAAUGGGGAAGGCGGGAUUAGCUCCAGCAGUAUGUCGAGGAGAGGGCAAUGCAUGAGUAGAGAAACACCAAAAGAAGCACCAAGUAAAACCUGCUAUGUAAUGCAUCUGAGGCAAAAACUCCUUUGGAGUUCUCCUUUCUGUUUUUAUAUUAAAAAGAGAAGGAGAAGAGAAGAGAAAACACCAUCUCAAUAAAGCCAUAUACAUGCACCGUGCCUACUGCCUUCUCAACAUCUAUGCAUAUAUUUUUUUGUAACACUACCGAUUUCUACUUGCCGCUGCACACUCUGCCCUCAGGUGGUGCUAGUUCUAAGGCAACUCAUAUUUUGGAAUGUGGCCUCGUUGUUCCCAAAUGAUGGGAUUCUUAAUAGACUGAACUUAAGACAGCAAGCUUUGCUUAGUUUUUGAAUCAACGACCACCAUCUUUUCAAGGAGCUACAUGUCUGGACACAUUGAGACUCAAGAAUACCUACUGUGACCUUGACAUGAACUGACUUGAUUGCAUGAUGACAAAAGUUCUAAUUUCUUGAGUUAUAACUUGGCCUUCUGAUACAACUUGUUUCCUCAGCGAUGGGGCUAAAUAUUAGGGGAAUACCAUUAUUAAAUUGUUAAAUCUGGUGCUUGGGGAUUAAACUAAAAAAAAAUAUUUUAGGGAUGACAAUAAGAUUUACAAAACGAAAAAAUUCAAAUAGGCUCUUUUUUACAGCCUCCUUUUUAAUAGCUGUAAUAUAAAUGUCUCAUUUACUUGGAUUAUGUUGGAUAUAUGAGGAUUUUCUUUCAUUUGUGUGUGUGUUGCAUUGUGUAUGUGUAUGAGUAUGCGUGCAUGUGUGAAUUUGUUUUUUUCCCCCUUGCCCCGUUUUAUAAGCCGUGCAGCUCUGUGAUGGCUGGAUCUGGCCAGUUAUGGGAUAUCAUGGCAUUUUAUUUUUCAUUUGGGGAAAAAAUUAAAAUAUAAGAAAAAAAACCCUGUCAGCUACAUUUUUCUAAAGAACCUUGAUUUUCCGACAUUUAAAACCAUUUGCUCAAGAAAAUUCCUACUUGUUUAUGUUUUGAGUACAUAAGGUUUUUUUAAUUGUGCUGACAUUUUAGCAUUUAGUUAGAAGUUAUGUUUAGGAAAGUUGGAUGAGUUUGUUUAAGUCUUAAGUGUGCAAGCGUUUACGUGAUUGUGCCAUUCCAAAGUGCAUCAGAACUGUCAUUCCCUUCUAGUAUCUUCUCAGGAGUAAAUGCUUCAGAUCAGGUAUCUAAUCUAUUCAUCAUUGGUAACAUUGAGAACUCAAUUGGACUCCCAAAGGACAGACACAGUGAGUGAAAGAGAGCAAGAGAGAGAGGAAGAAAUCAUUGCCUCUUGUUUACAUCCAUUCUGGAAAACCUCAAAAUAAUUCUCUUCAAAUAGAGAGAGACGUGGAUUCCAAGCAACCCAUCUGUUCUGUGUUUUUUCUUAAACUAUACUGUUAAAUAGUAACCGUAUUUGAAAGCUCUAGAAUGUGACUGCUCACUUUGCCAAAUAAUUGUCAGUGGGUGGCAUUAAUUAUGACAUCACAUGGGAUCUAACCAGGCAUUCACUAGGAUGGGGUGAGCAACCUGUGGGUAGCAUGUGUCUCUUGGACCUCCGUUUGGUGGGCCCUGCAACCCCUCACCAGUGCCCUAUUCUCCAGGGUUUUUAAAGUGAGGUUUUUGUACAGUCUUUCCCUCAAAUAACAAGCAUAUGAAAAUAAUUCCACCCCACAUGGAAUUGAGGGGGUGUAAUUUCCUAUCAAUAUUAUGAAAUAGACUCCAGAAGGCAACAAAUCCUUUGGGUUGAAGCUGGGGGAGCCUGCAGUGAUGUCUGGGUGGAUAGCUUGGUCCCUAAAUCCCCCAUAGUUGUCUAUCCAGUACUAGAAGAAAAGGUUAAGGUAUAACAUUCAGUCAUUCCCACACCUCAAAUACCCUCUGCUUUGAAAUCCCCCGUUUGUGCCUAGCCAGAAGAUGUUCUUCAUUCCUCUGACAGCUGUCUUCUGAAGUUAGAGAGACACUAGUUAGAUGCCAUCCUUUGAAAAGAGUACAUUCAAGCUAAGAUUCCAAGCUACAGUACUUCUAAUUAAAACCAGUGGCACAGAGCUCUCUUACAUUCUUGUUGAAUACCAUGAAACAAUGCAUUUCACUUGGAUACAUCUAUUAACCUUGGAGUUGCCAUGUAAAAUGAAAUUUAAUUGUGGUUUUUCUCAUGUUGUAGUUUAAGGAGUUUUUUUUAAUCUAAUAUGCAAAAAGAAAAGUAAAAAAAAAAGCCUUACAGCUUUCCAUUGCUGGCAACUACUGUUUGAUGGACAAUUAUAUCCAUGAUAAUGGAUGGGGUUGUGUUAACUGUAGACGUUCUGGGGGGAAAAUUGUGAAUUAAAUAUGAUUUAAGAGUGUCAUGUGAAGACAUUUGAGCCAUUUCUAUCUAUCAUGCAUUCCUGUCUCAUGGCAGAAAAAAAUUGAAGAUUUAAAAAUAACAAUAAAAAUAAUCAAAACAA